GCCUUGUCCUAACUUACGCUCAAAUCCAGCCCACACAAGCAUGUUCUCAGCAUUCAGGCGGGUAGUGCCCGAAAUAUCGAUCUUUCACAAUCCAUCUUCACCCCCUUCAACUAAGGCCCUAUCUCUCCUCAAAGCUGCUGUUUCUGGUCCAUAUCCUCUCACGAAGUCCGACAACCCGCCGCUCGACUUCAAACUUGAAGUAGUUGAAGCACCUCCAACCGCAGACCAACUCCAGACAAUCCUUUCCUUCAGCUUGAAAGACGGCUCUGCAUCUUCCAUGUUUCUCUCAGCACAUCCCUCGUCUCCCUUCACUUUGAGUACGCAAAGCCCCUCGUUAUCAAAAAUUACUGAGGUUGGAUCAAAGAACCCAAGUGCUUUGAAAUGGCCUAUUGUCGUAGAUUGGACGGCAGGAAAGGCUUGUGUAGGUGACGUAGAGUGCGUGAAGGGUAUUCUAGAAGAAGUCAGGAAAAAACGAGAUGGGGAAACAAAUGGAGAAGACAUCGAAAAACCUAAAGGGUGGUUUUCCUGAAUUGAAGUGUAUCAAGGUGUAUUACUAUCAUUGCGAUUAUCACUUCAAACCUUAGUCAGGGCUGUCGAUCUAGCUGUGCACAGUGCA